AUGUCUUCUUAUUCAAAUCGUUUGACUCCACAACGUUCGCCUCGUCUGAAAAGAUUCGCAGAUCAACUCGCACAAAUCAAAAUCUCUCUUGAUCCACCAAGUCCACCGUUUUUGAGUCCAUCGCCACUUGGAGAUGUUAUUCUGACAUCAGGAAGAAGGAUGGAUUAUUUACAGGUGAGUCAAGAAACAAUAAAGGAUUUUUUGAAAAUAAAAAGAAAUAAUAAAUUAAAUUUUGAACUAACGAGGUAUAACUGUUUUAGAAACUGUAUUUUAAAAAGCUGUCUCUGAAAUUUAUUUUCGUUUUUGGAAUAAACUUUUUGGAAAAAGUUUUUGUUUCAAUUUCUCAUCCGAGAUACUGUAGUUGUUCUGAACUUGUAGGGAAACUCCUUAUUAGAAAAUUUACAGUAUUCAUGUAUGGUUCUGGAUUUUUAUAGAUGAAGCUCCAAACACUUUGUCAGCCAUCUUUGAGCGAUUCCCUUUCAUUUUAACUUCAAAGAUUGUUUCUAGUUAUCGCCUGUUUGAAAGUGGGCAUAUGAAAAAUUAAUAAGUUUGAAAAAAAAAGUUCAGCCAACCUUUUUGCAAGUUUGAAAAUUUUUGUGUUCACAAGUUACUUUCGAGGAUUCCCAGAAAAAUGUCCCGUAGAGUUUUUUGUUCAUUUUACUACCUAAUACCUGAAAUUUGUCAUUUUCUCCAGGUUCCCGGUGAUUCCGAUUCCUUCGACUCAAACGCAUUCAACUUUCGAAAUUCACUGAUUUCGUCUCCUCCACCAGAUCGACGAACUUCAUUUGCAUCAACAAUGAGUGAUACAACAAACUCCGAAUCAAUAACAAUUCCAAUGAGUUCAAGUUAUCAAAACUUGUUAUCCCCAAUGUGGAGUACUGUAAAAUAUCAAAGUGAUGACAACGAAACUCCGCCGAAUGAACCAAUACCAAGAAGAUCGAAAAGUGCCUUGGUAAGUCGAAAAAUCGAAAAUUUGCGAAUAGAUUUCUCUGCAUCUCUACCGGAAAUGUUCACUUCCUGAACACCAUUUUUCUUCUUUUCCUUAUUUUCUGGAAUUUUAAAUCUAUUCUAAGAAAAAUAUAUCUAUCAACAAACCUGUGUCUAAAUUUAUUUUCAAUAUUUUAUUCAAAACCUAUGAUUUUAUAACCUUUUCGAGCACAAAAAAAAUAAAUUUUUUUGGAAAAUAAUUGAUUUCUCUUCAUACGUGAAUUUUCGUGGAAUUUUCGCCACGCAGAAUUCUUGAAAUUUCGAACCAAUAUUAAAAAAAAAUUUAAUUCAAUCGAAAAAUGGUGAGUUCUAUACUUCCAAUUUCCCCCUUCAAAAAAUCUGACCCAAAUAUUUGUUUCAGAGUAAUCGAUCUUCAUCUGAUUGCAUAAACGUGCCUCCAAUUGUAUUUUCACCUGUUUUGUCAAGGCCUUUGCGAUCAUUGUCACCAACGAUGUCAGUUUCUCCGACAAUGAUGUUUCGAUCACAUCAUGUGAGUCGUUUUUUCUUCAUUUUUCGAAAUCUUUCAAAAAAUAAAACUAUUUUUAUAUUCCGGAGAGAAAAGUAUAAAAAUCUUCUUCAUAUUUGAAAAAGCAACAUAAAUCAUGCUAAUUUGAGAAGGAAGAGCUCAAAUUUCCGCUCAUUUUUUCCAAGAAAGAAAAAAAAUGAGCUGAACUUCAAAAAUCACAUACACACAAAAAUAAAACGGUAUUUCAAGGCACACAAAUGUUGUGCAAAUAGGUCUUGACACGUAGUGUUUUUUUGAAUUUCAAAAAUCAUUAUCGACAAUUAUCGAUUUUUUGAGCGAAACAAAAUUUUGUUCGUUUGUUUUUUUCGAGAAGAAAUUUUGAAAUUCACGUCGUGCCACCACACAAAUUCGAGGAGACGCAGACAUUCAUUUUCGGUUAGAAAGUCGCUGCGAGACCUCAACACAUCAAAGGGCGACGCCGAUGUGGUCUAUAAACGCAGCGACAGACGAAAAAGCGGCGCGGCCAUGCGCUAUGUUUUGUGUGUGUGUCUGCUUGUCUGCUGUGUCUGCCAACAGCACACUGUAUCGCCCGAGGGGGAAGGAAAGGCGAGAGAUGUCUCUGCCUGUGUUAAAAGUCUGCGUCUCCCAGAAAUUUAAUUUUUGUAUCGGCUGGCAUAGCGUGAAUUCACCAAUCUUUUUAUUGAAAAAUGCUGUAAUAUCCGAUAUUUGAUUUUCUAAAAACGUGCACGUUAUUUGAAAUUCAAUAUAUAUUAGCACCAUCCCUUUUGUUUUCUUCAAAAAUUGCUGUUUACUUCAUUUUUCAACUGAAAUUGACCAGUUUUUUUUUUCUGUUUGGAGUAAUAAAACCAAUAACAACUUUAUCACAUGCUUUCUUAUUUUUUUGUUGUUAUUUUUUCUCUGGUUCUGAAAAAAAAGUCACUGUGUGUGUAUUUCAAAAAGCCCAAAGUUUAUAUAUUGUUCUCUACUUUUUCGAGUAUUUUCAAGUGCUCAAAAGUCAAUAAUAAGUCAUAUACUCCUCGAAAAACGAAGUAAGUAUUGCAAUGCAAAAAAAACAACACUUACUAAAAACGCGUCAACAUUGGACUUUAGACUGACGCAUAUUUUGUUUCACUCUCGUCCCUCCAAUUGAUUAUUUUGAUGUGUUGUGGUUGAACCAUUGUGCAUUUCUCUAUGUUUCUUAUUUUUCCUUAUUAUCUCUCUAAGAAGUUAGUGUUUCAAGAAAAAGGAAAUUCGCAUUUCCGAUCAAAAACCAAGCAAAUUAUAUCUUUCCCCCCAGUAAGCCUUACUAAAUUUGCUGGCUAUUCUUCUUCUUUUUCUUCCAUUUUGGUCCCCUCGUUUUCCCCCAGUCGACUUUGUUGUUUUGCAAGUCAGUUUUUUCUCGUUUUUUUUUCGCUUUCGAGAGCUGGCUAGAGUAGAAUAGUUAAUUAGAUAUUAUUGGCAGGCAGGAAAUGCUUGGCGUUAAGCCAAUUUCUCGUCUGCAUUGUGGCUGAAAAUCUAUAAAUACUCAUAUUUUUCGAGUCGAAAACAAGAAAUAUUGCUGUUUUUUUUGGUUUUCUGAAAAAUAUAAAAGCCAGACUCUGAAAAGAAAUAAUAGUUAUUAAUUGUGGGAAAAUAAUAGGGUUUCAGCUGUCAAAUUGAGUCUGAAAUUAUAGGGUUUUCCUCGAAUGUGAACUUUUUACAUAUAAUAGUUAUGUAUUUCUAGAAAAAAUAAAUAGGGAGUUUUUGAAUAGGACCAGAGAAAUCUGAUCAAACUCUGGGAAACUCCUAUAAUUUCAGACUCAAUUUGACAGCUGAAACCCUUGUCCAACAAUUAAUAACUAUUAGUUUUCAAUGAAUAUUGUUUCAUAGUCCGACUUUCAUUUAUAUUUUUUACAAAAAAAAAUAGCAAGGUCCAAGGUGACCGCUUGAAUAUGAUUCGGACCAUAUCAGAUUUUUUCAAAAAAAAAAAUGUUUCAACUCGAAAAAUAAUUUAGUAUUCUGUGCUCUGUCAGAAUUGAUACAGUAUUUAAAACACUAAUCCCUUUUUCAUCAUCAUCAUUGAAUUAUUAACUUUUUGUUUACGAGAAAAUAAUGUCUAAUGAAAAACCACGCGGUUUUCGGAUUAUCCUAUUAUCUAUCUUAUAUUCUUUUGCAUCACAUUUUGACAUUUCAAUUGUUUUAGAAAAAUUCAAUUUUCUUUCUUGUUCCCUCCCUCCUCAAAAUGUUUUUUAUCUGCCCCCUUAUUUUUUUUUUCUGAAAUAUGAUUCACUACGAUAAAAAUGUCAUUCAUUUUUCAUUCGCCCCGAUUUUUUGCUCAUCAAAAAUUCAUGGCGAAAGUUUAAAAUUGCUCGUGCGCGCGGAAAUUGCGCCAUUUAAUAUGUAUAUCUGAAAAUGUCAAAUCUGAAAUCAUUUGUUUUUUAUAUUUUUUAUUGUUUCAGAAUUCCGAUUCGGAAAGCGAUACCGGUGCAACUUCGGCAAUUUUUCCGACUAAUUGGAGAGGUAUGUCGUCUUUCAAAAAAUCAGAACCAGGAACAAAUCUCAAUUUAAAAUUUCAGGCAGCGGAAGUGUUUUGAUGAUCCCUCGCCGCUCAUUUCACUAUCAUCAUUUGAGUAGCAACAACAGUCAAAAUGAUGGAGAAUUAAGCGGAGGAGGACAAGGAAACAUGGAUCGAUUAUUAAAAAGAAAUCGACGGAAAACGAUGGCAAUUCAUGGAACAGCUGGAACAUCAGAAACUGGAGAAUCAACAUGGUCAUCAUCUUCAAUGACAAAUUUAUGUCGAAUUCGAUCAUCUCUUGGACAUUCAGAUCCACAAUUAUCAUGUUCAUCAACAUCAAGUUCACCAAAUGCUCCCGCCGCCUCGAAAUCUUCUUCGACUACCACAAAUUCAGGUGCAUCACUUCGUCCUCGUCCAUCAAUUCAUGCUUCAACUUCGCCUGUUACAAUGCAAAGAUGUCGAAGCCCAAUGCGAGUACCACAAAGAUCAACAUCUUCGACACAAAAUAUGAAUAGUGGUGGAGUGAAUUUGCGAAGUUCUCAAAGAAGUUCGCUAAUGGCACCAGUUGCGGAUACAAGAAGAUGGUCAUUGGCAUCGCUACCAUCGACGAGUGGAUAUGGAACACCUGGAACUGGUAGUAAUUCUGGAGUAAGUUUGAUAUGGUCUUUUAUAUUUUAUCAAAUUUUUCCCAAAAAAUUGAGUUUUCAUUGAUUUCCAGCGAUUUUUUUGGAAAAAUUUCACACUUUGCUAUUUUUUCUACAACAAUUUACUUUUGUUUUUCAAAAAUCAAUAAAUUUCAUAUUUUACAAAACUAUCCGGUUUUUUUUCGCAAGUCGAACAAUUUCAAAAUUGUUUUUUGUUUUCAAAAAUUGAAAAAUAAAUUUAUAAUUUGCAGGUGUCUAGUCAAUAUUCAUCAAGUGAACAAAUCGGUGAAAUGAUAGAUGGAAUGCGGGUUACUCAUGGCGUACCAACACGUCAAAAUUCUAGUCGUUUUGAUAGUAAUGAUAGUUAUGAAGAUACAAUGAUUGGUGGAGCAAAUUCACCACAUAAUACGAGUGGCGGUAGUAAUAGUUCGAAUUGGUUAAAUCGACCAAGAAGUCGAAGUUUGACAUCUCCUGCGAAAUUUUUAAAUGAAUAUAAUCUAGAAAUGGUUAAUAGAACGAGUGUAUAUAAAGAAAGAUUUCCGAAAGCUAAACUUCAAAUGGAAGAAAGAUUAUCAGCAUUUGUUGCGGAAAAUGGUCCGCUUUCUGGUGGUAUUUCGGCUGAUUCGCCCGCUCUUCUUACUGCUUCUGAAACAUCAGAGGAAGCAGUUAUGCGAAGUCGACGAUCGACUGUUUUAGAAGCCGAAAGUUAUGCGGAUCGAUCUUUGUUGAGAUUAAUUGGUGAUGGAGCAACACGGUUUUUGCAUCAUCAAAUUGUUGAAAUUGCCGUGGAUUGUUUGACAAAAUCGAAAGAGGAUUCGAUAACAUGUUCGUAUUUUUGUGAAAUGAGUCAGCGAUUGGAAGAGACUUUAAAUGAGGUUUGUUGUUUUUAUGCGCAGCUUAUCAUUUUAAAAAAUCGAUAAUGUUUCAGGCGCAAAUUAAAACCUCGCCAGAAUCCCUUGAAUAUCUUUCAAAACUUGUCAAAAAACUUUUAAUGAUAGUUAGUCGCCCGGCUCGACUUCUCGAAUGUCUCGAAUUCAACCCGGAUGAAUUCUAUCAUUUAUUAGAAGAAGCUGAAGGUGUUGUAAGAGAACAAUUGGGAAGUGGAACAGCACGGGUUCCUGAUUUACCACAAUAUAUUAUUGGAAAACUCGGGUUAGAUCGAGAUCCACUUUUGGAUUCGACAGAACAUGAAGAUGAAGAGAUUGAAAUAAAUCCUGGAAAGACUUCGACGCCUGGAACAUCUUCAGGUGGAACAUUUCCAGAUGCAAAUCGAGCACCUUGUGAAGAUGAUUUUGAUACGAUUCGAUUAGUUAGUAAUGGUGCUUAUGGGGCUGUUUAUCUUGUUAGACAUAGAGAAACAAGACAAAGAUUUGCAUUGAAAAAAAUGAAUAAACAAACAUUGAUGUUGAGAAAUCAAGUAGAUCAAGUAUUUGCGGAAAGAGAUAUUCUAACAAUGGCUGAUAAUCCAUUUGUUGUAUCAUUUUAUGGAUCAUUUGAAACGAGACAAUAUCUUUGUAUGUUGAUGGAAUACGUGGAAGGUGGAGAUUGUGCAGCAUUGCUGAAAAUGGCUGGAACAUUACCUAUUGAAGUUGCAAGAUUAUAUGUGGCUGAAACUGUUUUGGCUAUUGAAUAUUUACAUAGUUAUGGAAUUGUUCAUCGGGAUUUGAAACCGGAUAAGUGAGUUUUUCUUUCAAUUUUUGAAAAUCAAUUUCAAUUUCUUUUCAGUCUUUUGAUUACUGCAAUGGGUCAUAUAAAAUUGACUGAUUUUGGACUUUCAAAAAUUGGUUUAAUGAAUCGAACAACUCUUGUUGCUGAAGGAUAUGACACAAUUGCUGAAACCCAACAAUUCCAAGAUAAACAACUUUGUGGAACUCCUGAAUAUAUUGCACCUGAAGUAAUUUUAAGAGCUGGAUAUGGAAAGCCUGUUGAUUGGUGGGCUCUUGGUAUUAUUUUAUAUGAAUUUCUUGUUGGAAUUGUGCCAUUCUUCGGAGAAUCCCCAGAAAUUCUGUUCUCCAAAGUUAUAUCAGAAGAAGCGGAAUAUCCAGAAGAUGAAGAAGCAUUGCCACCUGAAGCUGAAGAUUUGUGUAGACGAUUAUUGGAGAAGAAUCCGGCUGAAAGAUUAGGAACAUUGGCUGGAGCAGCACAACUUACUGAACAUUUAUUCUUUGCGUCACUCGAUUUUACAACUUUGUUGAGACAAAAAGCAGAAUUUGUGCCACAAUUGGAUAAUGAAGAAGAUACCAGUUAUUUUGAUAGUGAGUUGUAUUUUCCUUUUUAAAACUAUAAGACAAAAAUAUAGACCAGAAUUUAAACAAUUCGAAUGUUUCUAGCUCGAUCUGAUCGAUACAAUCAUGAUGCUGAAUCAAAUGGUGAAGAUGAUCCAACUUCAACAUCUGCCUCAGCUGUUACAAUGUUUCAUUCAUUUUCAACCGCUUCUCCAAGACAUUCAAUUGUUUCAAUUGAUCCUGCACAUUUAACACAUCUCGCAAAUGCAGCUGCUGCGAAUUCAUCACAGAUUCCACACAUUGAAAGAUCGCAUUCGAUAUCUGUUCAUUCAAGACAAGAAUAUAAACCAGAAAGAUCUUAUUCGACUGGAAGUGGAUCUGUUACAGUUCAACAACAACAACAAUCAUCAAAUGCAACAAUUCCGGAUGAAAGUGUUGCUGUGAAUUUGCGACGAAGAUUCUCUGCUCAACGACAUAAUGUUUCAACAACAUCUUCUUCUGGAACUGGAAGUGGAACUUGCUUUGCUGGACCUGCUUCAUCAACUGAUUCUUCGAUUGAUGUUCCAGCACAUUCAACAAUUCGAAAGAGUCCACUUCCACGUUUUGCUAUUUCAUGUGAAAAAGAUAAUAGCGAAGAAGAGGAGGUUCGAUUCAGAUCAUCACAAUCACCAAAAUUGCAAUUGGUUAUUCCGGCGAGUGAAUCGCAAUCAACUCCUUCAACUUCUUCAAAUACAAAAGAUACUUGUUAUGUUGUAAGUUUUUUAUAUAUCUAUCCAGGAACACCCUCUCAUUUAAUCCAUUUUUUUGCAGAUGUACACAACUGCUUCAACUUCUCAAUUGUCCCCUGGCGGUGUUUCUGUUUCUUCAGCUUCUUCGACUGGAGAUCAUCAGUCAUCUACAGUAACUCAAAUGGAAUCUGCAACAUCUUCAGCUGAUUCAACAACUUCGAAAAAUAUUUCAAUGAGAAAAGGACCUUUUGGAUUCGGAUUCACUUUGAAAUCAGUUCGAGUUUAUCUUGGAGAAACAUCCGAAUAUUUCACAAUUGAACAUAUUGUAACAGCUGUUGUUGAUGGAAGUCCUGCAUAUUUGGCACAACUUCAACCUGAAGAUAUGAUUACUCAUGUUAAUGGACAUCCAGUGCAUAAUUUAACACAUCCACAAUUAAUGCAUCGUUUAUUAGCGAAUGGAAAUGAAUUGAAUCUACGUGUAACACCAUUAGCUGCAACAUCGAUAAAAGAAGGUGCAGCAAGAAGAAAUGUUGGAAAAAUGGCGAAAAAGAAGCCGAAAAGACCACAAAGAAGAGCGUUGCCAAUGGAAAAGAAAUCAAGAAAACCAUCGGCUUUAUUGAGAAGAUUGAGUGGAAAGAAAGGAGAAGCUAUUGUACCUGGAAGUUCGAGUCAAAAACAAGCAUUUAUGCCAAGAAGUGCGAGUAGUCAAGAAGGACAUUUUCCACCACCUGGAGGAAUAUCUGCAAUUGAAGGAACUAAUAGUUUAGAGGUGAGCAUUUGACUGGAAAAAAAAACUAUGUUGUCCGUCGCUAAAGAAAAAUCGCAGCCUAACCUAUUUUCCAAAUUUGAUGACCCAAGUGUUUUUUUAAUGAAAAAAUAUCCCAAGCUUUUCAAUUAUUUUUUUUCAAAAUCAUUUCUCAAAAACAUACUCGGUCAGAAAACGGCGGGGUCGCUUCCAAUCGGGGCGGAGUCGCUACACGUUUCGGGGAACAAAAAACGUGUAGCGACUCCGCCCCGAUUGGAAGCGACCCCGCCGUUUUCUGACCGAGUAACUUUAAAAAAAUAUAUCAAUCAUCUCGGGGAAGUUGGCGUGAAAUAUAACAUUUUCAAAUAUUUACUCGAAAGUUUCAUCUUCAGGGAAAUGUUAAAAAAGGAAUCGUUUUUUCAAGUGUGUCUUCUCUUUCCUACCCAAAAUAUAUAUAUCCUUUGUUGUUCCUCUAUUCCUCAAUGUUUUGCAGGUGAAUCGUCCUUCAACCCUUCGUUCUUCCCCAACUCCAAAAUCCCCAUCGCCAGCUUCUUCUUCCUCAAUUCCAUCUUCGUCUUCCGCAUUUUCCACAACCGCCAAAAAUCCACAACAACAAGUCUCUCGAAAAUCAUCAUCACUUUUUAAAGCCGGAAUCGCAAUCGGUUCGUCGGGUGAAUCAAGUGGAAGUUGUGAAUCAGGAAUCGCGAUUGUUGCAAGUGGCGUCGCCGGAAAAUCGAAACAACAUCAUCAAUCAAUUGCAGUCAGUCCGUUGGCGAGAGAAACGAGAAUGAGGUUUGUUUUUUCUUCUGAACAAAUUGAGCAAUUUAAAGAAUACGUUAUUUAUAUUUCAGAUCACCAUCUCCUUCAAUAAUUCAUCGAACAUCAACACAAACUACAGUACUAUCCACAUCAUCAUCUUCUUCAAAUCGUUCUCCAAUGCUUCGCCGUUCUUCAUAUCAACCCACAUCCACGUCAUCAACUACAGUACUCCCAUCGCUUCCUUCAGCAUCACGUGGAUUUUCAGCCGCCGCACAAUCUGCACAAAAUCUGCUAAAUCGCAUUUUACCCCAAAAUCCGCCAAAAUAA